AUGAACAGUAAACUGUUUUUGUCAAUCACCGUCCUCUCCUUCUUACUUAUUUUGGAGUCAUGUUCUGCAACAGCAAAGAAAGGAAACGAAGGGUUUAAGAUGAUGUACCCAAUUUUUCGGUUCUAUUUUCCACCGUCAAAUGCAUAUAUAACUGGCGCCAAUAAUUCUAAUGAAUUGGUUGUUCAGGAACGCAAUCCCUUCCGUCUCAAUGUGGAAUGGGAGUGGAUAUCGAAGUCGAGACAUGGUGGGCUGUUUCUAAGGAACUUAGAUACUCAAGAGUACCUAUGUUUCGACAAAAUAGGAAAGCCUGUUGUUCAGAAAGAAUUAAAUUUUAAUGGCUGCCUUCUGGUUGUAUCUAUGGCACCUUUAAAAAUGUUUGGCGGCAAGAAAGUCUCUUAUCCCAAAGGUGUGGGUCCUGUGUAUCCACCACCUUGGCCAGUUCUAAUUAGACCGGCCAGAGCAAAGCAGAGGGUGUGGCGUCUCGGUUUUUGCUCCAAUGGGCAUCCCUUCAUCAAUGGUACCCCAGCGAAGGGUGCAUGUCCCGUUUGGAUACUUCCGCGGUGGUGGAGCAUUUUAAUUAUGUGCCCUGUCAUUCCAGACCGCUGUUGGACAGCUGCGUGUAUGUCAACGUCACUGACUUACGGUAAGCGACUUCGAUGUCCCCAGGAGUGCCUUAAUCAAAUUCACUGCCUCGAUGCGAUGAAGACAAACAGUGCACUCUCUAACUUGUUGCCUGAAUCAGGCAAAUAA